UGUGUUGGCGCUGAGCUGAGCUCAUUCGUCGACGUCGUCCUCGUCGCCGCGGACACAACAAAAGGAAAAAAAGCAAAGAGGUUCGGAUGAAGCCUGCGGACCGAGCCGAGUCAUGACAACCGACUGGACGUGCCUCGUCCGGGCCUGCCUGCCUUCAUUCAGGGCCCCCGUUACUUCGCGCGUCCGGCUCCCCGAGUCGAGAGCCUUUGUUUCGGCCGCUUGAUCGGUGCUAAUCGGCUCCCGCUACCUAGCCUGUGUCUAAUUGUACUUUUCCAGCUAGUUAGCAUUAGCAGGGAGCUUCUUUUCGACGGCCUGGUAUCACCCCCGCGCUUCGACUUUCGACAUGUCCUUCGCCAUGGAGGACAACUUGGAAUCCGGCUGGGUGUCCGUUCGGCCCAGAGCGUUCGACGAGAAAGAGCGGCACAAAUUCGCUUUCAUCGUGGCUUGGAACGACGUCGAGGGAAAGUUCGCCAUAACCUGCCAUAACCGGACGGUACAGAAGCGGACUUCUUACCUAGACCCGCUUCUAGACUGGAGCCCGGUCGUGGAAGACAAGCAGUCCGAGACUAAUUCGGCGAAAGUUCGGCCGACGGGAAAAGUUGAGGGUUGGGACAAGGUGACCGACGUGGAGGAAACCGAGGCAGGCGGCCGCCAGGACUUUAGCUGGGCCGGCCUCUUUUCCUUCCAGGAGCUCCGGUCGGCUCACCUCCAGCUGUGCGCCGUCAACGCCGAGCUGGAGCCCUGCUUGCCGGCCUUCCCGGAGGAGCCGUCCGGCGUGUGGUCGCUUCUCUUCGGCGCCGCGGCCACGUCGUCGGAGCGGGAGAUGGAGGCGCUGUGCUACCAGCUGCAGGUGUAUCUGGUCCACGCUCUGGAUACCUGCGGAUGGAAGAUCUUCUCGCAGGUGCUGUUCACCGACAGCGACGACACGGAAGAGUACUACGAGAGUCUGAGCGAGCUUCGGAGAAAAGGAUACGAGGACGGCUUGGACAGAGCCAAAAGGCGCCUCCAGGAGGUGUUGGACAAGCACCGGGCGUCGGACAGCAUGGUGGAGCUGCUGCAGGUCUACGAGGAGGAGGACGAAGCGUACGGCCAGAUGCUGGACGCCGCCACCCAGCUCUACCACUAUCUACUCCAGCCCUUUCGGGACAUGAGGGAGCUGGCCAUGCUGAGACGGCAGCAGAUUAAGAUCUCGCUGGAGACCGAGCGCCUGGGCCCUCGCCGGGUGGACGGCUUGAGAAGGGAGGACGAGGAGUGGCAGAAGAAGGCGCACGCUGCCGUCCUAGCCAUCCAGGACUUGACCGUCAAGUUCUUUGAAACCACCAAUCGAGCACAGAAAGCGCUGUUCGAGCGUAUGCGAGCCGACCAAAGGAGGUUGGGAAAGUCGGCGUGGGUAGCGGCGGUGGAGCGGAUGGAAUCGCUGCAGUACGCCGUCUCCAAAGAAACGUUGCAGCUGAUGCGAGCCAAGGAAAUCUGCCUUGAGCAGAGGAAGCACGGUCUCAAGGAGGAGAUGCGGAGCCUGCAGGGAGGUGAGGAUGCCAUGCAGCACCUGGACCAGCUGGAGGCGCUGUACUACGAACUCCAACUUCAGCUGUAUGACAUCCAGGCCGAAGUGCUGCGCUGCGAAGAGACGCUGCUCACCGCGCAGUUGCAAAGUCUCCGUAGACAGAUUACAGAGAGGCAGGACGAGGUGGUGUACUACGAUGCCUUCGAGAGCCCCGACGCCAUGACGGAGGAGUCUGCCUGUCCCGCGCCUCCUCCGCCCCUCCGGGAUGAAGAGGAACUGGGGGUCUUGCGGCAGAGAACUCGGCAGCUGGAGGCCCGCCGGGGGCGCAUCAACACCAAGAAAGUCUACCUCAAAAACAAGAAGGAAAUCUGCAUCUCCAAUCACAAACAGAAGCUUGAAGAGCGUCAGGGCGUCCUCACUCACAACACGUCCUUGCAGCAGCGGGAAACGGAAGAAGAGGAAAUUGAGCGGAACGCGCGAGUGAGUUUAGAGAGGCAGACGACUCUGGACCGACUUCGUAGCCUGAAUCAGCGUUAUCCCGGCCACGUGACCCUGAGGUCCAGUCGCAUGAAGUUGUUUCAAACGCGGCGGCGAGCGGGUCCACCUCCCUGCACGCAAGCGGCAGGCGUCCAAACCGACCGCGUCGUGUCGGACCUGCCCCAACUCUCGGCGCCUCCUCAGGAAGACGCCUGCGAGUCCUUACCCGCCGUCCUCCUGAACCAGCCGGACUCUCCUUCUCCAGAGUUCCUCUCCCUACCCGCAUCUGUAGUCACCCUGGGUGCCGUCCCUCCGCCACCGCCUCCGCUCCCUCCUCCGCCGCCACCGCCCGCCAGCGCGGUGCCGCGUCCGGCGAUACCACGCGAGUCCGGGCCCGCCUCGCUGCCCUUGGCUCCCUUUUCGCCACGCUUUUUCGACAGCAGCCAGCUGUUGACAGCCAGGAAGAAGCUGAAAAAGACGGCUGAGGGCGCCACUCAGUGGAGGAGAGCGAGCUCCCCGAUGGACGAGGUGCUGGCGUCCCUGAAGCGCGGCAGCUUCCACCUGCGCAAAGCCGAACUGCGCGUGUUGGGCCCCGACCCGGACGACGAUGCCGACAACAUCCUGGCGCAGAUCCGUCAGGGCGUACGUCUCCGGCAGGUGCGCGCCCCGCCCGAGCGGCCGCGCCGCACCGCCGACCGCUCGGCCGACGCCCUGACGCGGAGCAUCCACGAGGCGCUGCGCCGGAUCAAGGAGGCCUCGCCCGAGUCAGAGUCGGAGGACGAGGGUUUGCCCUGCGCCGACUGGGAGAACUAGAACACCUCUCUCGGACCCCAUUUUUUGUGCAAUUUAGAGAACUUUUAUAUCCGAAGACUCUUUUUUACCAGUGGACCACUACACGUUUGUCACCUGUGUAUUUUGAUGUUUCCUUGAAGGAGGUCCGCGUGGAAAAAUGCACAUCACCAAGUUUUGCUUUUUUUUUUUUUUUUGCUGUGUGUGUGAUUUGAAAUCUUUUCUUCAAUACAGGUAGUCCCCGGGUACGCACGAGUUCCGUUCCUAUGCCGGCGACAUAACCCGAAUUUCCGCGCAAGUCUGAAUUAACCCUUUAAGUACACCUAGGUACUAGGUGCGUGACAAAAUAUCGAAAUUGUGUUCCUUUGUAUCCCAAAAGGUUAUCGAUAUAUCGUUUUUAAAAGAUCUCCAUGUCAAAAUAGUGUCCCUGUUAACUCUGGCUGCCAUUGACUGCGCUAGACGCCCAAUCCAUUUCGACUGGAAGAGGUGAAUGAUCGUAAUUUCACGCCAGUAUUUCCGAUUUUUGGGGCCUUUACACGUCAUUUGUUGAGUUUGAGUCACUGCCUAUUCGGCCUGCACAAUAUGUUCAAUAUCGCAAUAUGCGCUUUGUUUUAAUGUAAGCUUUUUUUCUUCAUAAAAGCAGCAAUUGUGCAUGGCUUCCUGGAUCCCUUUUAUAUAUACAGUGAGGAGCAGACGUAUUUGCACCCCUUGUGAUUUUGCAAGUUCACCCACUAAGAAAAUAGGUAGCGGUCUGAAAUUUCAAUCAGAGAUGCAUUUCCAUGGUAACAGGGAUUUUGGCCCAUUCCUCCACACAAAUCUUCUCUAGAUAAGUCAGGUUUCCGGGCUGUCCUUGAGAAACCCGAAGUUUCAGCUCCAUCCGAAGAAUUUCUAUUGGAUUGGCUAGGCCACUUCAGAACCUUAAUAUGCCCUCUAUGCUGUGUGCUUUGGAUUAGGGGUGUAGCUAUCGAUUAUUUUAGUAGUCGAUUAAUCGAUGAACUAGUUAGUUCGAAUAAUCGAGGAAUCGGAUAAGGAACAUAAAAAAAUGAAAAUACCUGAGCUGAUCCUCAAACAUUAUAAAAAAAUAAAUGUAACAAAGUAUAACAAAAGAACAAUUGGCUAGAUUACAUAGCAAAGUCCGCUAUCUUAAAUGCUAUAAAAUGCUUUUUUUUUUUUUUUUUUUUUUUUUUUUAAACAAUGCUCUUAACAAAUGGUUCAAACACAUAUUCCUACAAAAAAAUAGGGCUGUCAAAAUUAUCGCAUUAACGGGCGUCAAUUUUUAAAAAUUAAUCACGUUAAAAUAUUUGACGCAAUUAACGCAGAUUCCCCGCUCAGACAAGAUUUAUAUGACAGUACAGUGAAACGCUCACUUGUUGUGUUUUAUGGAGUUUUGCCGCCCUCUGCUGGCGCUUGGGUGCGACUGAUUUUAUAGGCUUCAACACCCAUGAGCAUUGUGUAAGUAAUUAUUGACAACAAUGGCGGGCUACUAGUUUAUUUUUUGAUUGAAAAUUUUACAAAUUUUAUCAAAACGAAAACAUUAAGACGGGUUUUAAUAUAAAAUUUCUAUAACUUGUACUAACAUUGUUCUUUUAAGAACUACAGGUCUUGGAUCGCUUUAACAGAAUGUUAAUGCCAUCUUGUUGAUUUAUUGUUAUAAUAAACAAAUACAGUCCUUAUGUACCGUAUGUUGAAUGUAUAUAUCCAUCUUGUGUCUUAUCUUUCCAUUCCAACAAUAAUUUACAGAAAAAUAUGGCAUAUUUUAUAGAUGGUUUGAAUUGCGAUUAAUGACGAUUAAUUUUUAAGCUGUAAUUAACUCGAUUAAAAUUUCUAAUCGUUUGACAGCCCUACUAAAUAUACCUAUAAACUAAAUUACGAAUGCAAUAAACAAAAACAGCUUAUGUUGGUCUUAACAGGGAGAAGCUGGAUUCAGCCAUGGCAAAUCGGGCAGACUAGAGGGCAGUGUAUCCACCCAAAUAAAUAAAGUUAAAUGCAAACACUUUCAAAACCAUUACAACGCCACUUUCAUUAAACAAAUACUCGAAGCAGCAAAAUUUAACAGUUAACACUACAAAACCCAGCAGGCCGACUUGGCCUUUCCCAAGACAAACACUCCUAAUAUUCCCUAGCAAUGGCCGAUUUGGCCUCUCCUCUGCGACUCGUGAUAGUUUGUGUCAGUUCAAGUCAAGCUACAUUUAUUUAUGAAGUUUGACACUUUUUAAGCAUUUUUUAAUUCACUUCUAUACUCCACACAUAACGACAGAAAGAAUGGCUCAAAUGUGUGCAUUUGUUUUGAAGAAAAAAAAGUGUUUUAGAUCUGUAAUUUGAGUGUAAAGCAGGAAUUGUGUCUAUAGUUUAGCAGGACUGAAUCAGGAGCAUGGAGAAUGGAUUGUGGUCAUUGUGUCUGAAGUUAAUGUAUGUCGGGUUGCAUUUCCAUAUGAACGGCUGUUGUCUAUCAGACAACGACUUGCCAAUUCAGAAACACUUGGGUCAUUUUUGCCACCUCUGGGUUUUCCGGGGGAGAGGCCAUAUCGGCCAUUGCUUGGGACUAGUAGGAGUACCAGAAUUCUCUGGGACUUCGUGUUAAUCGAUUAAUCGUUGCAGCACACACUAAAUGUAACUCAUAGCGUUAGCAUUAACCUAAUGCUACAGGGGCGGCACCUGAAAUGGAUUGGACAUAAAUGGCAGUCAGCGAGUUUACUUAUUUGGCCAUAAAAUAAACGAGUCCGGCCUACAUGAGAUCCAAUUGCGAACCAAAAUAGUUUUGACACCUCUGCUUUAGGCAACAAUAAGUUUAACCUAUUAUUUUAUUAAUAGCUUUAAAGCUCAUGUUAAAAUUGGGAAGCAAAUUCUGUUUUAAAAAAAAAUGUCACCAAUUUUGUACUCACAUUUUGUUUUUCAGGGUGUUUUUUUCCCCCUCCACACAUUUAUAUAAAUAUAUAUUCCAUGCGCGCGUGUGUGUGACCAAUUUGUUUUUAACGUCGAUCCCAUCAUGUGUUCAACGUACCGUUUUACCACAAAGCAUCGGAAGUUAGCAUAGCCUUAGCGUCACAGCGCUAACAACACAAAUAUGGACUCCAAACUGAAAAUGCGAGUCCAAACUUCUUUUAAAAUGCUAACGUUGUCGCUAGGCGGUUUUUAUUUUGGAGUUCUGCUCGUCGUCUGUUUUGUGAUGGUUUGUAUUUUGAAGUUUUUGACAAGAGUUUGUACUCGGGACCUCACAGCAGAUGUGCAAUAAUAUUAAUAAUAAUAAUAUUAAGCCACGUGUUGAUGAACGCGUACCAAAAAAUAUAUCUGCAUGCCUCCGUGUAUUCAAGUAUUUAUUGAUGCUUCAGAUUAUUAAAAAACAAAAAUUUGUGUUUUUUUUUUUUUUUCCUUUUUAAAUGUUGUCCAUGCUUCCUUUUCAUUGAAAAUAAACAUUUUUCAAAAGUGACGUAUUUCAUAAACACGCACGCAAAACCAUUUCCAGAAAAAAAUAUACACAACUAUUUUCAUUAAAAAAUGACUUUUUUUUUGCUUUAUUUUAAAUUAUGAAGAAAAAAAUGUUUUUUGAUGGUCUUUAGACUCAAAAAACGACCAUUUUCCAUCGAUUUUUCAAUUCAACCAGCCCUUAAAUUCGCAAUGUUUCUCAUUUGUCU